CUCAGUCGGAUGGAGCCGAGCCCGCUGUCUCCGGAGUUAUCCAGGAAGCUAGCCAUGAGCUAACGAGAUACGUUAGCCAGCUCAAAUAUUCCCAAUUAGCCACACUUAAGAUAGUGUUUAUCUACCGUGUGCCGAGGAAUAAUAAUUCUGUCCCCAUCUCAUCUGGAAACUGUGGUGUAAUUGUAUUCUCUUAACAACACAACCCUGCCUUCCUCUUCCAAGUCCUCCUUAUACUUGGACUACUUUGUGUGUAGAGCCAUGGCAGCUGCAAAGCCAAAAGGACAGAACUCACUAGCCCUUCACAAAGUGAUUAUGGUGGGCAGUGGGGGAGUGGGAAAAUCAGCUCUUACCCUACAGUUCAUGUAUGAUGAGUUUGUUGAGGACUAUGAGCCCACCAAAGCAGACAGUUACAGGAAGAAAGUGGUGCUGGAUGGAGAAGAGGUACAGAUUGAUAUUCUUGAUACCGCUGGACAGGAGGACUACGCUGCCAUCCGGGACAACUAUUUCCGCAGUGGCGAGGGCUUCCUUUGUGUCUUCUCCAUCACAGAACUGGAGUCAUUUGCAGCAACAGUAGAUUUCAGGGAGCAGAUCCUUCGGGUGAAAGAGGAUGAGAAUGUGCCCUUCCUCCUGGUUGGCAACAAGUCAGACUUGGAAGACCGCCGACAGGUUAGCGCAGAGGAGGCAAAGGUGCGUGCUGAGCAGUGGGGUGUGUGCUAUGUGGAGACCUCUGCCAAAACCCGUGCCAAUGUUGACAAGGUGUUCUUUGAUCUGAUGAGAGAGAUCCGGGCAAGGAAAAUGGAGGACAGCAAAGAGAAGAAUGGAAAGAAGAAAAGUAAAAGCUUGGCCAAGAGAAUUAGAGAGAGAUGCUGUAUUUUAUAGGGGUAAAAGAGAGCAGCAAUGACUGCUUUUGUACAUACACAUUUCUCAGACUUUUGCAUUUAAUUUGUGCCGACACCUGACCAUAGCUUUUCUGGCCUGGUUACCAGACCGUUUGACCAUGUGUCAGGACUAGUAAAGUGGCACCUCAUACACCAUUUAUAGCUCAAUUUAACUUUUUAUGUGCUGACACUCCAAAUAAUUAAUGUACUCUCUCUCUUACUCUGACCACGUUGCAGAGUGUAAUAAAUGGUGUUUUAAGUUAGGCUUAAACAACCCCAAGAUGUUCAAAAAAAUAACUUUCAGUGUAGAGUUUGUGUGUGAUAUCUCAGCUGUGCAAAAUUUAAACAUAAGAAAAACUGAGUGGUUGAAGCUAAGGUUGACAGAGGGAAGAUGUCCAUGGUAUGGUAUUUUAAUUUUAAUAGUCCCAGAUCCAAAUGAUUUGCCCGCCUGUUUGGGUAGAGUUUAAGUUAAUUUCAGAUUCAGCAGUGUGAUGUCAGCCCAGAAUGAGUGCCACCCAUGAACUUGCGUUGCUUGGGGGAAUCUUGUCUUAAUGUGUAUUUUUUUAAUUGAAACAUAGACCUUUGUGUCAUGUAAGCCAGGGCUGUAACUUGAUGCCAUUUCUAAUUGUCUUUUAAACCUCAGUUGCAUGUUUUGUGGAUAUAACACUCAUUUUUAUUCUGUGGAUUCAAAGUAUAUGUAUAUUUUUUUCUCUAAAUUUUGUCUUUACUGCUGGGAUAAGAACCAGUGCAAGAUGAACUCAUUUUUUUUUGUUUUAAGUCGCACAAUCUAAUUCUCGAUUGCACAAACGGCAUUGACCAUUACCCUUAAGUCUCUGGGGGAUUGUCUCAAACUUUUAACUUAUUUUCAACUAAUCCUAAUUAAUUUCAUCCUAACAUUUCAGAAGUUUUACCUCAUUUGGUUAAAAAAAACAUUGCCUGUUCUGAUCGAGGAAUCCCUGGUGCUCCAGUGAAAGGUGAUUCCACAAACACUAACUGCAUUAGGCUUGCAUCUGUUGUCUUGUUCCCAUUUUGGUCCUAGAGUUGAUCAAAUAAAUGGACUUCAGUAAUGAAAUAACUAUUGAAGCUAAAAUCACUAACCCUGACCACAACUUUUUAUUUAUUUAUUUUUUUGGGUCUAAAUUGUAGUGGGAUUGUAUUUAUGAUGAGUGUAUUUCUGUCAGAGAAGGGAGGCUAUGACAAUGAUGCAAGCUAAGUCAGAAUAAAGUGGUGCCUAUCAUUCAUGGUUACAUUUAUUCACCAAAGAAAUCCACUAUCUUGUGCAAAGUGCCCACUUUACCAUAUUUGAGGAGAAUGACAGCUUGCUAGACUCAGCAUUGUAAGUCCUAGUCUAUAUGUUGCAGCUAACAACUUCGCGUAACUGCUGCUUUAUAUAUAUAUACACAUACAUACAUACACACACACACACACUUUUUUUUUUUGUAUAGUGCUCUAGUGCAAUCCAGGGCUUUGUCUGUAAAAUCUGUCCUUCUGCAUGUAAGUUUACUUCAUGAUGGUAGCGGUCAAAGCGAGGUCAAGGGAAUCCAAAAAAAAUCAAAAAAUUAGCCUAGGAAUGAAUACAGAGUUGCUAGGUCUUGAGUUAUUCUUGUUCAGAUCAUCGCUGUUGCCUCUCUGGUUGUUAUGAAUGUGAAUAAUAUCCUUGGCCCCUGCCAUUUGUUUCUGUACUCUUAGAUUUCUAAUAAGUCAUUGACAAACUGCUUUGUUUACUUUUUUGUUUGCUUCACACAGUUGCCCUGUGUAAUAAUGCUGUAAUAACACAACUCAUCUUUUAAAAAUCCAUAGUAAUUUGUCAUCGUGAUGUUAUGGUUGAGCAAUUUUACAGUGAAUUGGACUUUACAGCAGCAACCGGUAGAAUGGAAAGUCAUUACAUGAUUACAGCUCAAUUACAUAGAUUAAGGCACACUGUGAAAUCUGUUCCUCUGUCCUCAUAGUUUUGUCUGAGCCUCUCAUUGCGCCACUUCAGAAACUGGUCAAAUUAUUUUUUGUCUUUUCAGCAGGGUUUGUUUUUCAAGCUGUAUUGGAACCAAAAUGCGAAAUUUUCAUCAAGGGGUAAAAGUUGCUGCUUUAUAGUCUUAUCUAAUGUGAGAUAUAUUAGUUUUGUUUUUUUUCCCUCCCCUAUUCCACUGCUGGAUUCAGAAGGAAUAAGGCAAUGCGUCAAAAACUUAAGUCCAAUUUUGAAUGAGUCCAGUAAGAAAGUUGAGAGUUGAAUGUUGAAACCCCAAGCGUACUGCCAACAACAACAGUCAAAAAUUAAUGUUGAGGAAUUUCUGCCAUCAGUACGAUGCCAAACAAAGACUAUGCAAAAAUAAUUAUGAAGAGGAUGAUUGUGAAACAUGUUUGAGCAUUCAAGCCAUAGUGUCUUUGACAUAUUUUUGCAUAGUCUCUUGCUUUGUUUAUGUCCUUUUAAGUGCAGAACCCCUUUAUCAUAGCCUGGAAAACCUAACAUCAUUCUAAGAUUAUUAUGAGCCAUUUUAAACACAGAUCAAAUUACUCAAAACUAAUCAAUUGCAGUAAUAUGUUAAAAGUCCAGCAUUCCCGGCUUUGAUUAUUGAAUUCUAAUGGUCUUUUUUUCUCCAGUUGUCUUCCAUCCAGUCACGCAGGGGUAGAAACUUAAAAUUCUUUUAUAGGUCAAAGAAAGUUGAAUCAGUUCAUCUGGAUACAGCAUUUAUUAACAGAUACGUUUCAUCACUCAUCUAAGUGACCUCUUUAAUCUAAACCCACUGCAGGUAUCCCCACCCUUUUAAACAAUACAGUUGCAUAGCGACCGAAACCAACGAUC